CUUGCAUUACUGUGUAACUUUGUUAAUUUAUUCACAAUGGAGUUUAUUGUUAAUAAACGGGCCAAACAGUAUUCAAAAUGUUGUUUGAUCAAUUGUAAAAGCCAUAUUUUGAAUAAGGAAACCAUAAGUUUUUUUACUUUCCCAAAAGAACCUGCCAGAUGUGCUGUUUGGAUUGAAAAUUGCAAAUGUGAUCACCUGAAAUCAAUCAACAAUUUGGCUGCUAACACUAAGUAUCGUGUUUGUUCUUUACAUUUUGAAACUAACAUGAUUUCCAAUUUUCAGAAAAAUAGACUAAAGCCAGAAGCUAUACCUACUUUGUUUGAUGCUAUGGGAGUUGAUCGUGUGGAUGAACCAAAGAAUAAUGAUGACCCUGAAUGUAGCACUUCAGAUUUUGUGCCAUUAUCAUGUUCAACAUCUGGUUCUUCUGCUCGUUUAUCGAUAAACUCACAAAGUUUAUCUGAUGCAUCAACAUCAAUGGAUAUUGAAACAAGUGUUAUUGGUAUACAAACACCGAGUUAUUUAUCAUCCAAAACUCCCCGAAAAGUUGCUCUUCAGGAAAAACUAAAAGAAAGUGAACGGGUUCAGGCCGAGUUGAAACAAAUUAUUAUAAAUUUGAAUCGGCAAAUAGCAAAUGAACCUAACAAUAAAUUGGAGAAUUGCUUGGAAACGUGUAAAGAAUACUUGUCACCUACCCUCUUUAUGAUUAUCAAAUCGCAAAUCAAGAAUAAGGAAAGAAAUUAUCGAGGAUUCAGGUAUUCUAAUGAAAUUAAGCAACUUGCCUUAAGUAUUUAUUUUAUAGGUCCAAGAGUUUACAAUUUAUUGCAAAAUCCUCUAUCCCUUCCUGUUAGUCGAACACUCAGAAGAGUAACUUCAAAAUACGAAAUAAAUCCUGGUCUAAAUGAUUUUCUUUUUAAUUUUCUAUCAUUUAAAAUCAGUAGUUUUAAACCUGAGGCGCUAGAUUGCGUACUUUGUGCCGAUGAAAUGGCUUUAAAAACAAAUUUAUUUUAUAAUGUCUCUAAAGACAAAAUUAUAGGUUUUCAUGAAUCAAAUUAUCGUAAAAAGUAA